CCCUUUACCUGUACUGUGAGCCCUGUUGUUCUCUUUGCUGUAUUGGAUCAGUAUUUGCGUCGCGAUGAGCAACAGUCCAAGGCCAUCGGUGCCUUGUUGGGUGUUCGCAGUGAUGAUGGUUCUGAAGUUGAGAUCAGAAACUCAUUUGGCGUGAUCUACACCGAAGAAUCGUCUGAAAUUGUUGUUGACAAGGAACAUUACCGCAACAUGUAUGAAUUGCACCAGAGAGUCAACCCUGAAGAAGUUAUCCUCGGUUGGUACACUUCUGGAACUGGACUUUCACCCGCCAUCUCCCCCAUCCAUUCCACCUUUGCCCCCGACACAGCACCUUUCCACCCAAUUCACGUCACCUUUGAUACCGAGUCGUUGAUCAAAAGCGAUGGCUUGGGUGUUCAUGCUUAUACCAGUGCACCUGUUGGUUUCUCAUCAACUUCUGGAGAUAGCAUCUUCUUGCCCGUUCAGUGCGAGAUUAAGUACUUGGAUGCCGAGCGAAGUGGAUUGGAUAUGUUGGCAUCUGCCAAAUCAACAGAGACUCGCUCCGCUUCUCUACUCUCAGAUAUGGAUCACCUUGAGGUUGCUGUUAACAAGCUCCAGGAAAUGUUGGAGAGAAUUAGCCGUUAUGUUGAUAGCGUAGUGGAGGGUAAGGAGAAGCCUAACAAUGCCAUUGGUCGUUAUAUUAUGGAUACUGUAUCUGUGGUCCCCAAGGUCGACACAACCGCAUUCGAAAAGAUGUUCAACUCUCACUUGCAGGACCUUUUGAUGGUUGUCUACCUCGCCAAUAUGACUCGCACCCAAUUGUCUAUCACCGAGAAGUUGAAUCUCUUG